UCCUGAGUCCUGCUUAGAGCUCAGUCAUAUGUCAGUCGGUUCGUGUUCCUGCAACGGUUUCACAUCUCCGCUCGAUACAUCGAUUCGUUCUGUACCACUUUCGUUUUUUUUACAUUUUAACGCGUAAAACGCCGUAUUUUCCUCUGUUGACCGGAUUUCUCGUGCAGUUUAUCAACCCAUACUCACCUUCCAAGUUGACAACUCAGUUUUGAGUGGAUUAUUCUUCAGCUCUUGCCAGUUAAAUCUCAUUCGAAACUACCAUCAAAGAUGUCGCUCGCCAGCGUCCACCACCCCACCGACAUUCAUUCCAGCCAUAGUUCAUUGGCAACUCUGAGCCAUAGUCUGGAAGACAUAACUUCCUGGGGUUACGGCCACCACGCCGAGACGGUGCUCACCAUUGAGGAGCUUAGGGACCAGCUGAACUGCUGUUUCACCUGCGGAGUCUCCUGGGCCGAUUCUCACGUGUCCCUAGACUGCUCCGAGUGCGGGGGCUACGCCAUGGAAAGACCGUGUCCUAAGUGCGAUGGAGCCUGUGGUACCAUAUGGAAACGGGAUUUGAGCACUUCCCACGCCAGUGGAAAGGCCAAAUGGUCUGGCGAAUGUAAAUCCGCCACCCAGCAAAAAAGAGACCAGUGCUCAUCACCUGUUUCCCAGGACCUCAGUCACCGUCUGGAGAGGUUAAGUGCCACCUCAUGACGCCAUUUCACCCUCUAAUUUAUUCUAGAUUAGGCUUUAGGAUAGGUUCAGGCUAGACUAAAUUAUACCUCUAUUACAGGGAGAUAUUUAUUUAUAUAGCUAGUAAAAUAUUUUUCGUAAAUCGUUAUGUUAAGUACGGAUUAUAAUUAUUUUCGGAGACGGAGUUAAAGGAGUGUAUUUUUGUCAUUGUUAUGGAGGAUUGUCUCGAGAUCUCGCCGCGUUGACCAACGCGCUAAUAUUUUGAAGAUCGUUUUGUCUGUCGUAGAAAGGUGCAUCCACUAGUGGUCACUCGCAAAGAACACAAAAGUCUGUAUUGUUUUCUAGUUGUAUGUAUACACCCAUUUAAAUCAUUCUCCUGUUAAAAAAUCGAAAAAAUUAUAAUACCAUUUCUUGUUUCAAGAAAUAAUCCUUCUAUUUGCUGUUGUUUUACAUUAAAACCGAUUAAUUCAAAUUUGGUAAUAUCACAAUUACCCCCUAAUUCUUAGUUGAAUUAUAUAGAUAGCCUAGUCCGUGUUGUUUACAAAACGUAAAACAUAGUUUUUAAUCUCCCAUCUCUCUUGCGUUUUUGCUUCAUUAACUGAAGAAACGAUACUCAGUUUAUUAAUGUAACGCUAAAAAAAUACCCCAAGAGAAUUUUUAAAAACUAUGUUUAAAGGAAAAUGUUCAAAUUUCUAUUUUUUGCAAUCGACCGAAGAAUGGCAGCAAAAAAAGUUUAAAAUUAAUUCUACACUGAUUCGACGUACAAUAAAUAAAUUUAAGUUUGAACUGAAAACUCGCCUUCAGGAAUGACCUAAACGUUUAGUAAUUUUUUCUAUGCGCUUUAGAAUGUAGAAUAAAAUGAUCUUUUUUUGUAUGACUGAAAAAUUUAUAUAACACUGUAUUCUUAUGAUAAAAAUAAAUCAAUUGUAUUAAUUGAAA